ACACACACACACACACACACACACACACACACACACACACACACACACACACAGAGAGAUACAAUGGAGCCCGUGCAAAGCACACAGGUACGGGAGCCACAGAAUGUUCCAGAAAGUCCAGGAACAAUCUAGCUUGUUUCAUGGCAGCUUGCCAAAUUUCCUUUGGAACUGAGAAAAGAUGAAAGGGAGCCUGUGCAAGGAACCACAAGGGCAGAGAUGAGUCGCAGAAUGUCCCAGAAAGUCCAGGAACAUCCUAGCUUUUCUUGGCAGCUGGCCAAAGUCCUUUUGGGCCCAAUGCAACAAACACACGGGUACAUGGGAGCCACAGAAUGUUCCAGAAAGUCCAGGAAGAUUCCAGCUUGUUCCUUGGCGGCUUGCCAACUGUCCUUUGGAACUGGGAAAAGAUGAAAUGGAGCCUGUGCGAGGAAACACAAGGACAGAAAUGAGCCGCAGAAUGUUCCAGAAAGUCCAGGAACAUUCUGGCUUGGUACUUGGCAGCAUAAGGAGGAAGGGCAGAGCGAACGCGUGCAAAGCACGACACGUGCGUACAGAGCAAGAAGAGUAGGACAGCGAACGGCUGCCGCAAAAAAAAAAACAACCUCUCAGCCAUGAGACGUUUCGCUGCCAAAAAGGUAGCUGUCGUGGAAUGGAUGGGGAGGGUAAACUAAGACACGUAUUAAAUAUAUCACCCCUUUCACCACACCGAGGUCACACGGUAAGCCCUCACACGGUAAGCCCACAGCAAAAACAACCAUGACGGCGCGACGACGUUUCGCCGCUCAAAGGUUCAUGCAACAGCUUUUUUCCAGCUUGCCGUGUGAAGAAUGCGAAGAUUACGAAGAUGAAGCGAUACAAGAAGACGAACAGGAAGAAAGGUUCAUGCAACAGCUUAUUUCCAGCUUGCCGGGUGAAGAAGAUAACGAAGAUGAAGCGAUAAGAGAAGAAGAGGACGAAGAGGGUCGGGGGCGAGGGAACGGGAGAAGAGGGUGGCGAAGGAAGGAAGAGGAGCGGAAUCGAGAGCGCGAAGAGAGCAUUUCGCGACGGCGAGAGCGAGAGCGAGAGGACAGGAGGACGAGGCAGCUGAGACGGCAGCGGGAAAAGAGCGAUCGGGAGCGAGAGGAGAGGGGACGGCGAACGAAGGAAGAGGAGAGGAAUCGAGAGGAGAGCGUUUCGCGACGGCGAGAGGACAGGAGGACGAGGCAGCCGGGAGGGCAGCGGGAAAAGAGCGGUCGGGAGCGAGAGGAGAGGAGAAGGGGACGGGGAAGGAAGGAAGAGGAGAGGAAUCGAGAGGAGAGCGUUUCGCGACGACGAGAGGACAGGAGGACGAGGCAGCCGGGAGGGCAGCGGGAGAAGAGCGGUCGGGAGCGAGAAGAAAGGAGAACGGGGUGGAGAAGGAAGGAAGAGCAGAGGAAUCGAGAGCGAGAGGAAAGCAUUUCAAGACGGCGAGAGCGAGAACGAGAUGAAAGGGGGACGAGGCAGCUGCGACGGCAGCGGGAGAGGAGCUAUCGGGAGCGAGAGGAGAGAAGAGAGGAGGAGGAGGAUGAGGACGAACAGGAGGAGAACACGAGGUUCGUCGCCAGAAAAGUUCUUCAAGAGACCCGGUCCCACAAACCUCGCUCGGACCCCGAGGAGGAGGAUGACGAUGAGGAAAGGCGACAGCAGUGUCAAGAACGAGAGGAGGAUGAGCAGGAGAACGUAAGCCGGCCGGUCACCGAAGAAGAAGAAGAAGAAGAAGAAGAAGAAGAAGAAGAAGAAGAAGAAGAAGAAGAAGAAGGAGAUGAAGAAGAAGGAGAAGGAGAAGACACCCAACCAGAGCAAGAAAAUGUAAUAUCAUUCUUAGAAGACGAAGAAGAAGACCCACCAGAGCAGAAAAAUGCAUCCUCAUCUUCAGAAGAAGAAGAAGAAGAAGAAGAAGAAGAAGAAGAAGACCCACCAGAGCAGACAAAUGCAACCUCAGAAGAAGAAGAAGAAGAAGAAGAAGAAGAAGAAGAAGAAGAAGAAGAACAAGAACAAGAACAAGAACAAGAAGAACAAGAAGAAGAUAUCCGUCUUGUUGCACGAGAGACGUUCCUGUCGAGAAACGGGAAAAUAACUUGGUCCUCUACACCGUACCAAACGACGGGGCAGCGGCAGCAGCAGCAGCAGCAGCCCUGGCCGCCUGGACCCACGGCCUACGCGGCUUCCAACGCCCGAGACAUCGUCUCGACAUUCUUCCUCUUCCUCACGCGGGAAAUAGACGAAAUCAUUCUGGAGGAGACUAAUCGCGAGGGUCUUAGGAAAUACGGAAGAGACGGUUGGAAGCGGAUGGACGAGAUUGACCUGCACGCCUACAUGGGGCUGCUCAUCCUAGCCGGCGUGUACAGGUCCCGAGGCGAGGCCACCGCCAGCCUGUGGGAUGCGGAGAGCGGACGUGCGAUUUUCCGUGCCACGAUGUCCCUCAAAGUCUUUCACGUUUACUCGAAGCUGGUGCGGUUUGACGACCGUGAGACGAGAGCGGAGAGACGAGCCUCGGACAAGCUGGCGGCCGUGAGAAAGGUCUGGGACGCGUGGGUCAAACGGCUACCGAUCCUGUACAACCCCGGGCCUCACGUCACGGUGGAUGAGCAACUGGUUCCGUUCAGAGGUCGUUGUCCCUUUCGACAGUAUAUGCCCAGCAAGCCUGCCAGGUACGGGAUCAAGUCGUGGGUGGCCUGCGAUGCCAGAUCCAGCUACGCUUGGAAAAUGCAAGUUUACACGGGGAAGAAGCCCGCAGCAGCGGCCGCCGCCGCAGAGGGUGAGAAGCGACAACAGGGACGACGACUAGGAGGCUCGGAGAAGAACCUGGCAGCCCGCGUGGUGCUCGACAUGACGGAGGGCCUGACGGGCCGUAACGUCACCUGCGACAAUUUCUUCACUUCCUACGAACUCGCGCAGCAGCUCCUCCGCGAUAGGAACAACACCAUGCUCGGCACGAUCAGAAAGAACAAACCCGAGCUCCCGACCGCCCUGCUCGCGGUCCGAGGCAGACGGGUCCUCUCCUCCAAGUUCGCCUUCACGCGCGACACCGCGCUGGUCUCCUACCUGGCCAAGAAAAACAAGAACGUGCUGCUGCUCAGCACGUUCCACGCACGGGACGCGGACGCCGUCGGCCGGCGGCGUGCGGACAAUAAGCCCGCCGUCGUCCUGGACUACAACUCCAACAAAGGCGGCGUGGACAACCUGGACAAAGUCGUAGGCGCAUACAGCUGCAGGAGGAUGACGGCGCGCUGGCCCCUCGCCGUCUUCCACAACAUUCUCGACGUGUCCUCCUACGACGCCUUCGUGAUAUGGAGAGAGCUCAACCCGGACUGGUUGCCCGGCAGGCGCAACAAGAGGAGGGUGUUUCUCGAGCGCCUGGGAAAGGCGCUCGUCGCUCCGCUCAUCCAACGGAGGGCUCGCCUGCCGAGCGCAGAAGCGGCCGCGGCGGUCGUGAAAGCCCAUCGGCUGGCGGCCGCGGGGGGUGUCGACAGGGACGGCGGCGGGGGAGUCGCUUCUCCUCCUCCUCCUCCUCCUCCUCCUCCUCCUCCUCCUCCUCCUCCUCCUCCUCCUCCUUCUUCUUCUUCCCCUUCUCUCCGUCCUCGGACGGAUCUCGUCUCGGCGCCGGGCCCUUCGUCGGGGGCUGAGCCUUCUGCUGCGGCCCAGGCCCGGGCCCCCACUUCCAAGGCUCGUAUCGAACCGCCCAUGCCCGCGAGUAAGAGAAAGAGGUGUCAAGUCUGUCCCUCCAGUAAGGACUGUAAAACGCACAACAUGUGCCGCGGCUGCGAGAAAUACAUAUGCAGAGGCUGCGCGCUCCUGUACUGCGCCGCGUGUGCCAACUCCUCCUGCUCGUCCUUGGAGCGUGGGUCACUUUGACCCGGCGGAAAGGACGCUGGGCGCAUACGCAAU